GUCAACUUAACCUAACCCUGCCUUUCUCUCACCGAAAACAGGAACUCCCUACACAAGAAAGUUGUGUCAACUCAUUCGGUCAGCACAACCAAGAUGAAACCAGAUCUUGGAAAAGUAACUUGUUACAAGGAAUAAAAAGAGUCAAGUUCACAUAGAAUCCUUGUUAAUGAAUUCAGAAGACUACAAUAUUGUACGUAAGUGUUUUAAUCAAUCAGUGAGAUUUACAUUAACCUCCAUUACGGCAAAGUUUUUCGCUAACUAUGAUUGUUUCUAAGCCUUGGAUGUAUUAAUUUUACAUUUGUGCAUGUUUGAUAUUCAUUAUUUUUGGAGUGGCUCUAAAGAAUUACAAUCUCUUGUGGAUUAUACUAACCGAAGGGAAUUUGGCAGGACUGCGGGUCAUGAACAUCAGCGCUUGUCAGACAGACUUACAGCUCAGCGAUGUGCAAAAGCUCUAAUAGCUGACACACCAGUCAACUGCCGUUCAGUUUAUCUUCUCCGACUUAAUUGCUCGGGUGAACUCGUUGCUGCUGCCCAUGGCGAUCGCUCUGUUUGUAUAUACUGUGUAUCCAACGGCCGGUUGUUGCUGCGAUGCACUGGCCACGAAAGAUCUCCCUGGACUCUGACCGUAAGUAGUUAUUUCAGCUACAAAAAAAUGUUAUUUGCCUUUUGUGAAUAAAUUUGGAUGUUUUGUAAGGUCAUCAGUACUAUCAUACCUCAUGAAGUAUUCAGGCUGCCCUUUUUUUUUCCGAGUCCUAAAGCAGACAUCGUGUUUUUGUUCUAAACAUUUGUUGUUUCUCACUCCGAUCUAAAAUACCUGUUGAAAGUUAAGAUUUGCCGGAGCACACUUGCUCUAGGUCCAAUCCGGGCUUCUGUAUUUUGAAACUCCAAACUAGAGAGAACCAAUUUGACGAGGUAACUUCGGUUCAGGUGAGUUCAUUUCUCAGCGUCCGCAAGUUGACAUACCUUUUCUGGACGACAUGGAGAACCACAUUUUGCGAUGUAUAAACUGCAAGUAAUGCAUACCCUUAGAUUGUUCAUCAUUCAGACGAAGUAGUGUCGUUACUAUAAUACAUCAGGUGGAGAAAUGUGCUACUAUGAGAAUUUAAAUUCUUCCUUCAUAAAAUGCACUCGAAGCAUCUCUAACAGACAUUUCAAGGACGUUCUGAAUCUGCAAAAUUUUCGACAAUACGUGAUUACCGGGAACAUUUCAUCUACCGGUCGCUACAUAAUCUAAAGUCUAGUCCGUAAACCUGCUGUUGGUACGUUUACACUACUGCCCGUACUCGUGUCUUAGUUAAAAUGCUUUUUCAGCACUCCGUUUGAUGUGCGUCAAUAUCUGAAGACCCAAGGUGGUUGUCUCUUUGCUCUGCUAGCUCAUUUAUGUCAUAAAAACAGCUCUAUCAGCAAGAUAUUGGCGUUCACACUCCAAAACCCUAGAUCAGCAUCAGUGAUAGAUUCAAUUAGCAUACCUGCCUGGAAGCAGUUAACUACAGUUUUGCUGGCUUAAAUAUAAGGUGACUUUUGGUAUUUUGUUUUCCCACAAUAAACAACAUGGAAUUUACACACAAACAGUAGUUCACGUCACAUAACGAUAGCUGAAUUCAAACAACCAAAAACGACAAUAAAGCUUGAGCUUGGAGACGUAGGUAUGUCUGUGUCCGCAGUGUUUAGCGUUUACAUACUUGGCGAAUGUAUGCCGAAGUUGACUCACUCAUAGCUUACCGUCCAGUGACUAUUGUUUGGUGUUACGCUUAGCCAAAAAUUGAUAUCCUCAUGGACAGGUAGGUGUCACUGUACGACAAUUUUAAGCUUCUCUCAUGCCAAACGUCAACUCACACGACUAACUUCAACAUCACGAAACUUAAUUUUCAAGAUACUCAGCAUCGGUGUGGCUGGAAAGCUGAUUGCUCAUCGCGUGCGAUAUUUUCCCAACUGACCUCGCUUUUCAGGUUUGCUAGUCCAACUUUUCUGUCAAAAACACAACAGUUAAAAAUAACCUUGCUCACCCACAAAUAAAUGCCUAAGUUAUUGACUUGUUGACUACACAGUCCACUUCAUUGUUACUAGGUUUCUGAAUUCUUUCCUGGUGGCUCAGAUGGCAUAGAGUGGCGAAUUUCUUUGAAUCAUUUCGAAGGCAUCGUUAACUGUAACCAAAUCACACAAUGAACAGCUUUAGUGAGUGGUACACUGGUGAGCAGUGAAGUGACGUCUAAGGAAAACAACUUAACCGGUAGUGUCGACAACCUUAAUGGUAUCAGUAAACUGAAAUAUAUCACUGAUAGCAGAACGCGACACUUGGCAUCUGACUGAUUCCAUUAUUUCAGCUAACCACUGAGCGAUACAAGACAACAACCCUCGACGGGCCACCUCCAUGUUUAUCUACCAGUUCACCUGCUCCUGCGGAGCGAGGUACGUCGGCUGUAGUCGGAGAUUGCUGUCUAUGUAUACGAGAACAUAUUCCUGCCUAGUUUUAUAAGCGUGAAAGGAAAACUAUCCUUGAACAUCUAAUUGAUUCCAACCAUUCAACCGACCCAAACAAUGACUUUAAGGUUGUCUACCGAAUUCGCUCAAACAUUUUACGUUUCCUCCGUAUUCAACUUCUAAAACAGAAGAGGCCUUGGCUACCCAUGAGCUGAAGCUGACCUUUAUAUGCAAAAGAAGUAUGUACAGUCUUUGUCCCUACCUUGGUCUAAACAUAAUUUCGUUUUGUUUUUUCAACUUCCCCCUUUGCUAAAUUAAUCUUUGUGCUCGUAUGUCGUCGUUAUCAUUCUUAUCUUUACAUUCAAUAAUUUCCGAUACUACUUCAUUUGAUCUUCCCAAUAAUUAAAACUCUUAACAAAACAUUUUCGAUUUCUUCCACCUUUUCUCGUUCAUAUUACCGAAUUCUUUGAUUGUUCAUUAACUUCACCAUGUUUUCACCUCUUUGUAGCCUACAUGCAUCUUGUGGAAGACUAAAAAAGUCUUACAACCCUUUUUGGUUGCUAUUCCACCUUUACGUCAUCAACUAGCAACACUAUUAUCAUAACUACUAUUGUUGUUAUUCCAACCCUCAGCUUUUCGAUUUAAAUCUGCAUCAACGAUUGCAGUGUUCGGAUAGUGUUGUGACGAAAAGUAACUAUCGUUGUAGGGUGUUGAGAAUCGGACAUAGAACUUACGUAGUCAUCCAUGUUGUCACCUUUGUCUGUCUGUUGCUGCCGAAGACCUGCUGGGAAACGAGAUUGUUUGCUAGGCCGACAUCUAGGAGUAAGAGAAUGAAACACGAAAAAAUCACGCGCUUCGGCCCUCUCCACUCUCCAACCAGAUGAAACAUACCACUGCAGAAAUAUUUCUUGGGAUAGGCACAACAAUCAACUUGGAAAACGCAGCUCGUAAAAUAUUAGGUGGCUAGAGGCAGUUAGUAAGAAACCCUGAGUUAAAAUCAUGUGUAUUGGCGCUUGUUAACAGGACGUAUCCCUGCCCUAACAAAUCUUGAAGUUGACCGCGGUCGAACAAUCAAACAGAGUGAGACGACGUACCAUGCUCACUGAAAGCAUAAUCCUUAGUAGAUAAGACAGAGGUUGGACACGACUGAAUGGAUGGAAGUUCACUACUCACAGAUGAGCCACAACUGCACAUGAAGCCCAAGAGCAGCAAAGGCGUCAAAAUAAAUUCCAGAAGCAUUGUUUAUGUUAUCGUACAUAACGGUCACUAGAAGUACCCACAGCACUGGAUGCUGACGGUGAUUCUAUUGAUUAGUCUAUUAUAGCCUUACCACUACAUUCGAGACAAUUUUGGGUUUGCUAAAUGUGCUGUGGCGAAGAUUUAGUUUUGUUUUUUCGAAUUAUCACAUCUCAUUUCAUUGUUAUAUCGGAUGUUGCAUUUUAGCUCUUUGCAAUUUCUGAAGCAUAAUUCCAAUUAUGUAUUCCAUCUUACCGUAUAUGUUGCUAUCCGGAUUUUGGGCUGUUAUGCGGUGUUACGAGCUUCUGUGUUAAUACUUAGUAGCUUAAAAAUGUCACACUAGUCUGUGCGGUAAACGUUCGUGCAACGAAUCUCAGGUUUGAACUCUAUCGCCUACUGAAGCUUGCAAGUCAGGUAUUUUCAUUCUUAUUCACAUUGGAUGAAAUCCGUCACUUAGCAGAAAACCUGCGCGCGAUUACUGAGUUAUGUCCUGCUACCGACUUAUGUGAGACUAUUCCACUGUGAGAUGUGACUGUUCAACAGAUUAAAAUCGACCACAUUUUUGCUUUUUGCAGCUAUUUUCCUUAGUAAGUGGUAUUGGUUAGUACACGCGAGCAAAUGCGGAGGUCAGAAUCAUCAAACCAAAACAUUCUUUUGAAAAAGCCUGAUCACUGGCUUAAGCAAUGUGGUCGAAGGUAGAUUGUUGGUAUGGAAUUCUUAGUAUGGUUGAUAGUAGUGGUGUGAUUGUGAUCCUGUCAACAAAGUCGUUGUUAGACUACUACAACAAUGUAGUAAUAGAUACUUAAGACUUUUAAUGGUUGUAGCGAUUCUAUCUUAUGCUUGUACUAUUUAUUGUCUAGUCGGUCUGAAUUGCAUUAAUAUAUAUUCAAACUACUCAGGAUAAUUCGGUAAAGCAAGUCGUUGACUAGACCAGCCUCUUCGAGUAGCUGGGCAGUUUAUAAACAGUGACAUAGUUUUUCAUUUUAUAGAUAUCAGAAAAUGAUUGGUUAAAAGUCGAGAUUUAUUACAUCGUAUAUGAUACAGUCCAGAAAGCAUAAUAUAUGUAGCGUAUUCACCGUGUUAUUCAUGUCUAGCCUUAAUUAUAGUUAUAAAUUUCAGGCACUUGCUUUUAUUCUUCAUUUAACCAAAAUCGAAUGUGAUCUCUUUAUCAUGUAUUCAUUGUGGUGUUUUUCAUCGUUUUCUACCAAGUUCCAUCCCACACAACCCUACCUACUUGCUAGUGGAUGCCUUGGUGGCAGUGUGAGGCUGUGGAACUUGGAUUAUUUAGCAAAAGUUGGUGACGACAAAAACGAACGCGUAACUGAGAUGUCUUCUGUAUGUGUUUGGAAACAGACAGGAGCAAUUGCAUCCCUGAGUUUUCAUCCCGUUCACUCUAUACUAGUUGCUGCUUGGACUCAAGAAGUGGUCUUUUAUGAUUGGGUAUCUGGUCGAAUGCUUUCAGUUUGGCGUUUUGUGUCAAACCACUCACGUGUCAGGUGGGUUAAAUUCGCUCCUGAUGGUACUGUCUUAUACACGGCAACUGCCAAUCCAUCCAGCGGUGAACCAACCUACGUACAUAAGUCACCUAAUAAAUCAGUAUUCAGCAGUCCAACAAAGGUAGAACAUACUAAAACAUCUGGAAAAGCAUUAAUGGGUAUUGGUAACACAAGUGAUACCACUAAAAACAUGUUUGAUACUUUAGUUCCUCGUGAUGCUCUUCUGGAAUAUCUUGCUAAAUGUACUGACUCCUGGUUUCAAAACCUUGGUAUCUGCUCCGUCUGUUCAGUUCGUUUAUGUCGAUGGGCUGGGACACUUGGACCAAAGUUCCCAGCGGUGACAACGGAUAUUCGCCUUGGAAUAUCAGUAGCUCAGCAAGCAGCGGCCGCGGUUGCUGCUACUACUCAACCAAGCAUGUUCCCAUCACAUGUUCGGGAACUAUUAAACCUGGCUAAUCCGAAUCAUUGUUCUGAGGUAUUUGAGCGUCUGUGUCGUGACGCUAACCCAGCCGCUGUAGCUAUAAUUGAAGACAUGCCUGUACGUGAAUUCCUCCUUUCGAGAGGCAAUUAUUGUGAGUUUCCGAAUGUUGCGGUCCCAAAUGGUGGCAUAUGCUGUGGUGGUCAUGCUUGUGAUCUAGUUAUAACUCAUCGUGAAUUAAUGCGUCAUUCUUUAUGUCGACCUUGCCUCUCCUCGUUUUGGCACUGGGCUAGUAAACAUGUGGCUUGGUGGCGUUGGUCAUUUCCUUCAAGUGCUGAACAACCUUUGAAUUCUACUUCGACCGAUAGCAAUAAAAUGCGUACUUCACAAUCCAUGAAAUCAGGCACGUUCAAAAAGUCUGCUGAUGUUAUGCCCCCUGUUGGUAUUUGCAUUCGGUGCCGAGCCAAGAUGUCUAUGCAACUACAAUUGCCGUCGAAUGUGCUAUCGAGUCACAGUCCACCUAACACUUCAUCACAUGGGAUUAGUCUUGUACCCUUUGAAUCUAGUAACUGCACAGUCUCAUCACUUAGUGAAAUGCCUUCAAAAUCUCACCUCUUAGUCCCUCUUGCAGCAUUGGAUCUUUUGCGCUCAAGGUUGAGUAAUGCCCAUGAAGUGACUCCAAUAACUUAUGUGGCUACAGAUUUGAUCAAUGAUUACCUUCUCAGUCAACACAUCAAAAAUCUUUUGAAUACCAGCGUUCAUUCAGCUGAAGGUCUCCGGAACUCCAAGAUUUCUUGCAGCGAAGUGGAGCACAAUACUGUUUGUGUUUCUUCUGCAUCCAAGCGUCGAAAAGUUGAUGGGCGACCCACUCAUAUUCAAUUUUUAUUAAACCACUCUGGAGAAUAUUCGUCGUUGAACAACCACUUGAACUUAAGACUACUUGACAGUGAUUCUGAUGCAACAUGUAAACUUUUAGAAUCCAAUAAUCUUCCAAGUACAUCUGAAGCUUCUGAACCUUGCCUACCUCAGGAAGCCUCGGAUUUUGGCACAUACAUACGUGAUAACCCUGAUAAUAAUUGGAAUCAUCCAUGCCCUGUUACUGUGAAUCGUGCUUCUAGUAUCUCAUCUCGAACACCAUCAUUAAUUUUUCCUUACGUUCAGACUGGAGCUUCUCUACUACGAUCACCUCGUCACUUCACUAGCUCCUCAUCGAAAGUAGUAUUGACGAAUUAUGGUUUACGGGCCUCAACUUCAAGUGAAAAACCUGAAAACUUAACAAAUACUGAAGUUUGUGACACAGACUAUGAUGAAGCUAAUGAUCGAAGCUCAAUGACAGCGUGUUGUCGUUGUGGUCAUAUUGUCCUUCAAACAUUUCCAGUUGACCCACAUUCCAACAUGAGUGCAGUGGUAUGUGAAAAACUAGUUUGUUCCGAAAACCAAUGUAUGUCCACUGGCUCUCUCACUAACCGGAGUGGUACUAUCUAUUCACAGUUUUCAGCUGAUUCAGGCAUUUCCUCUGCUACUCCAUCACAUCAGUCGUCACUUCAAUCUAAUGUAUCAUUUUCACUCCCUCACUCAUUUGGUCCGGCACCUCUAUCUAAUUACUGUAGGAGAGUUCAAGCUGGUAUGUCAGAAUCUGCUACAAGAUCACUGAGUGGCACAUUUAAUCUUACUGAUAACACUGGAACUAUAUUAAACGCAGUGAACCGUAGUAUAACCGAAGUUAUAACAGGUCUGUUUGUGGACAUGGGCGAAUAUGGCUCUGCAUCUAGUCUUCAGGAUGUAACAUACCGUAUCUGUCGUUGGGAGUUAAGUUUGUGUAGCCCUACUCACUCCAUUUCUCAGGGAUAUACUGUGUCUGGCAGGAAUCAUGAAGCUUUUGGCGAGUACGAUGGAACUGAUGCUGCUUGUUUGCCAAUGCCUACGAAUGUCGCUGUGUCGUACAAUAACAACAGCCUUGUUGUUCCUCAUGCCCGUUUGUUCAACGAUUCCUCUGUCUGUGUUUCCCCAGAUGGGCGUCUUCUAGCUGCAUUCGUUAUUCCUCAAGAAACAUCACACUGUGCAUUACAGUCUUCUCAGUCGUCUUCAACCGUACUCAGAACACUUCUAGCUGUAUAUCGUCUGCAACCAGAGCAUAAUCGUGGUCAGUGUCUUUUCGCUCACAAUUUUACAUCAAUGAGUCCAGUGUGUCUUGACUUCAGUCCUUUGGGAGACUAUUUGGCAGUAGGUUUCGCAACAACGCGUAUACCUUCAGAAUCCUACCCCUCCAUGCGGCAGUCAACUACUAAUAGAGAUCUUAUAAGUUAUGGAGAUUCUGUUUCUGAGUCACAAAGUCCUGUACAAUCAAGUUCCAAGUGUUCAUGUCAGAAACAAACUUCUGUCGCAUGUGUUUUUCAUCUACAACGCUCUAAAACGCAUGAAAAUGGACAUGUUCGUCGAUGCUUACGUGAUAUACGGAACAUUAAACAUCCUGCACUGUCGGAACCUAUGUCAUCAAGAUAUUUCGAAAACUCUAACACAUCCGAGAAGUUGGAUCGUUGGCAUCGGUUGUUACUAUCCGCUCCAAACGGUCUUUCUUUGAACACCAUUGUUUGGAAUGCUAACGGUAGUAUUCUUUAUGGGACCACUAAGGGUCUCAUUGUAAUUUCACAUGGUAAUCAAUCUUCAUCAGUUUCUAUCCUGCCACUCCGUUGUUGUAAUGAGUCAGGGCUACAGUCUGUUGACGAAUCUGACGUUUUCUAUCGAAGAAAGCACUUCACAAAUCAGACACAAAAUAUAUCUGAUUCUCACACCAUUCCUAUUUCUCAAUCUAACAUAGUAAUUUAAAAUAAUAACUUCCGUAAUCUUUGUAUGUAUGUUUAGGUUUAUUGUGCAUUUAGUUUCUAUUCAUUUUCUGCUCAUUUUAAUGGCACAUCAGCCUUAGUCAUAUUUAUACUGAACUUACAUAAAAUAGAACAUUUAUUCCAAUUUCACAUUCAGAGUACUCAUUCUAAUUUUCUCUCCGGAAACCGGUGGUGAUUAAAAUAAAAGUUAUUUUUUAUAUUUUCUUGACUGUAUCCUUUUCGUAAAUAAUCAAGUUUCAGUCUAUAUGCAAGUUUAUAUGAAAAUGUUUCCCUCUUUUGUAAAACAGAUUUCUAUUUAAAAAAGUCUUAUGUGUAGAUGUGUUAAGUACUCAGGGAUUUUUUAGCACAAAACUUGUGCUUUCUCUUUCCUUUAUUUAUUUGCAUCUUACCAAAAGCAUAGAUACUUUGUUUCUUGCUAAUUGUUUUAUUUAACGAAUGAGAAUAUAUAGUGUGACAUACAAUCCACUACCAAAAGUUUGUUUUUGUUUUGUUUAAUCCUUCCUCUACCUCAGCUAUGUCCCAGUGAUGUUUACCGACUCCGUUUAUACUUUUAUUUUGGAAUCUGAAGUCUAUUCUCAUUGAAAUAUAUUCUCAGUUUGAAGCUAUG